ACGUACAACUAUAUCACUUGUCAAUAUGCUCAAUAUGCUCAACAUUGUGCGCAAUCUUUCAGUCAAGCAACUGCAGCUAUUGCUCAAAGUAUACGUCGCCAUGUACGAAGCCGCACAAACACCGGCCACCUUCAUGCAUCCAUUUGGGGGAAUUCGGAGACGCCCGUGGGAAUAUCUCAACUGCAAGGUCUUGCUUCACGUCAACGUUUCAAACGUUGACAAGCACAGCAGCAUACCCGGGCGGUCAAUGUCAGGUUCCAUUACUCGUACUCAGAGUGUGUGCGUUGGAGCAAACCAAGCAAGUUGCUAAAGCGUUGCGUCGACCAAACAACGAUGGGUUUUGAAUAUUGAAUUGGGACCUCGGUCACUCUGAUUGCAAUAAGCACUCCUCCCCGGUCCGAAACGGCAGGACUCUUCAAAAUUCUGCACAAGUCACCGUCUACGAUGGGCAGUCCUUAACGCACGUUUGUAUCUUCAAAUAACUCGCACUCAGUCCCCUCUUUCUUUUAUUCCUAUUUAUCCACCUGGGGUGAUCGUUGAAAAUGUGCGGCAUUCUAGGUUUGCUCUCGCAUGACCCUUCGAUCGACGUCGCCCAGGAAAUCUGUGAGGGUUUAGCGUUGCUCCAGCACCGAGGCCAGGAUGCUUGUGGCAUAGUCACCUGUGGUCCCAAGGGUCGAUUCUACCAAUGCAAAGCCAAUGGCAUGGUUAGGGAUGUCUUUGACGCCCACUCGCUAUCGAGGUUAGUCGGUGGUAUGGGUAUUGGACAUGUUCGCUAUCCAACUGCAGGCAGCUCACACCAUGCCGAAGCUCAACCCUUCUAUGUCAAUUCUCCGUAUGGUAUCGUAUUCGCUCAUAAUGGCAACCUUAUCAAUACCGCAGAGCUCCUGCAUUUUAUGGAUGCUACUGCCCACAGACACAUCAACACCAACUCCGAUUCAGAACUCCUCCUCAACAUCUUCGCCGACAACCUCCAAAAGACAGGGAAAUUCCGUAUCAAUGAAGAAGAUAUCUUCAAUGCUAUCGGUCACCUGACAGUGCAAGCCAAGGGUGCUUAUGCUUGUGUCGCAAUGCUCGCCGGUUUCGGAAUCAUCGCCUUUAGGGACCCUAAUGGUAUCCGACCCUUAGGUAUGGCCUCGAGGAAAACCGCGACCGGAGGGACAGACUAUCUCUUUGCCAGCGAAAGCGUUGUCGCUGAUGCGAGUGGGUUCACGAAUUGGGAGGACGUGAAGCCAGGCGAAGCGGUCAUCAUCACUCGAUCAUCUGUGAGCCGUCGUCAAGUCGCGAAGCCUGCUGCGUUCUCGCCGGAUAUUUUCGAAUACGUAUACUUCGCACGUCCGGAUUCCGUUCUGGAUGGCGUCAGUGUAUAUCGUAGCCGUAUGGCUAUGGGUGAUGCUCUCGCGGACGAAGUCCAGCGGGUGUUGAAGGAGAAAGGUCUUUCGGUAGAUGUAGUCAUUCCGGUGCCAGAUACAUCUCGAGUAGCUGCUCUAAAUCUUGCUCAAAAGCUGAAACUUCCUUACCGAGAAGGUUUCAUUAAAAACCGAUAUGUCGGUAGGACGUUCAUCAUGCCUGGUCAGCAGCUGAGGCAAAAGAACGUACGAAAAAAGCUGAACGCCAUGGCGCUUGAAUUCGUCGACAAAAACGUCCUUAUUGUCGAUGACUCAAUAGUCCGUGGAACGACCUCGAAAGAGAUCAUCCAAAUGGCGAAAGACGUCGGUGCAAAGAAAGUCAUCGUCGCAAGCUGUGCACCCCCCAUCCGAUUCUCAAACGUCUACGGCAUUGACAUGCCCUCACGCGCCGAACUCGUCGCGCACAAUCGGGACACAGAAGCCGUAGCUAAAGAGAUCGGUGCCGACCUCGUCAUCUUCCAAAAACUCGACGACCUUGUAUCGUCUGUCCGUCAAUUCAACCCAUCAAUACCUCAGUUCGAUUGUUCAGUCUUUACGGGCGAGUAUGUCACAGGUGGGGUUGAUGAAGCGUACCUUCAAGGUUUGGAACGUCUGAGGGCGGAUAAUGUGAAGGAAAAAACGCUUGUGGGUGGGGUGAGUAACAUAGAGGGGAAAGGUGGGCGUGGGAUGCAGGGUAAUUCGGUGAAUGGUGCUCAUGUAAAUGGGGACCUUCAACCGUCGGUUGGUGAUGAUGGACCUACAUAUGGGGACGAUACUGUGGGGCUUCAUAAUGGAUGGAACUUGAACUAGAGGAAUAAAUAUGAGGGUUUGUAAGUAGGAAUAUAUAUUUGUGUAUAAUGUAGCAUCAUACUAUAGAGAGUACUAUGAUUAUGUGGAACUAAGGCUUGGAGUGUUGACGGGCACUCACGCACAUGUAUGUACUCGACGGCCUUAAGGUCACAAUCAAGACAAUGUGCAAUG